AUGGCUGAAGCCACAGAGGACUUCUCCUCCUUACCCUUGCCCGAUCGGUUCGCUCACAAAAACUGGAAAGUCCGAAAGGAGGGAUACGAAGAUGCGAAAGCGCAAUUUGAAAAGACCCCCGAUGAAUCACACCCGGUCUUCGUGCCAUUCAUACAAGAUCCCGGGCUGUGGAAAGGAGCGGUGGCAGAUUCCAACGUCGCAGCACAAUGUGAAGGUCUUGCAGCAUACUGCGCCUUCUUGAAAUUCGGAGGAGCCCAGGCCUGCACGAGAUCCCGCACAUAUACUAUUGGACCAAUCGCUGAGAAGGGUCUCCCAUCCACACGACCGGCCGGUAAAGCUAGCGCCCAGGAAGCUCUUUUACUAUGUGUCGAAGUGGAUAAGGCCGAUCCGGUAAUCGAGGAACUACUACCCAUACUAUCACACAAAGUACCCAAGGUGAUCGCCGCCACUCUCGCAGCCUUAACUCUCAUCUAUCACAACUUCGGCUGCAAAAUCGUCGACCCGAAGCCAACGUUGAAAGCGCUGACCAAGGUUUUUGGUCAUGCUGAUAAAAAUGUCCGCGCGGAAGCACAAAAUCUGACCGUGGAGCUCUACCGGUGGCUUCGGGAGGCCAUCAAGCCUCUGUUCUGGGCCGAGUUGAAACCUGUGCAACAAGCAGAUUUAGAGAAAUUAUUCGAAGCCGUGAAGCAGGACCCCACGCCGAAACAAGAACGAUUCACUCGAGUACAACAAGAUGCCAUGGCCGCGGCCAGUGCUGCCCCUGCAGGCGAGGAUGGUGAAGAACUAGCCGGUGACGAGUUUGACGAGGAGGAGGAUGGGGUGGUUGUUGAUGCCUUUGACUUGGCGGAACCAGUUGAUGUCAUGAAGAAAGUCCCUGACAACUUCCAUGACCAAUUGGCCUCGUCAAAAUGGAAGGACCGCAAGGAAGCGUUGGACGCCCUCUAUAACGUGAUCAACGUUCCCCGAAUCAAGGACGGCCCGUACGAUGAGAUCAUAAGGGGAUUGGCUAAAUCCAUGAAGGACGCCAACGUCGCUGUCGUCACGGUGGCUGCGAACUGCGUGGACGUGUUGGCCAGGGGCCUUCGCGAUGGAUUCACCAAAUACCGAAGCGUCAUUAUGGCGCCCAUGUUCGAGCGUCUGAAGGAAAAGAAGACGACUGUCGCGGAUGCUUUGGGCCAGGCGUUGGAUGCUGUCUUCACCACGACAACGCUGACGGACUGCUUGGAGGAAAUCUUCGAGUAUCUCAAGCACAAGAACCCCCAGAUCAAGCAGGAGACUGUCAAGUUCUUGGUUCGUUGCUUGCGCACAACCCGGAUGGUACCAGCCAAGCCAGAGCAGAAAGCGAUCGCUGAUGCCGGUACAAAGCUAUUGACUGAGUCAGCCCCGGCAAUUCGCGAAGGAGCGGCUGAAAUUUUGGGUACAUUAAUGAAGAUCCUGGGUGAGCGGGCUAUGAACCCGUAUCUCGAUGGUCUUGACGAGAUUCGUAAAACCAAAAUCAAAGAGUACUUCGGAACUGCUGAAGUCAAGGCCAAGGAGCGACCUAAGGCUAUUGUGGCACCCCCAAAGCCCGCUGCUCCGGCUGCCAGGAAGGUUGUUGGCAAAAAGCCGCCGGCAACGGGACUAAAGAAGCUCGCCCCUGUAGCCGCUCCACCUGCCCCAGAAGAACCCCCGGUCAAGCCUGUAUCCCGAGGAAUCCCCUCGAAACUUGGUGCCCCCAAGUCCGCCCUUGCAACUCCUGGGUCAGGUCUCAAGCUGCAACGGAAGCUUGCUGCAGCCCCCAAGUUUGGUCUCGGUCGUGGCCUGGCAGGUCGACCUAUUGCCAGACCCUCGGCGCCUGCUGAACCUGCCCCUAAUGCCAUGGCAGCUGCCGACCGUGCCGAGUUGGAGGAAUUACGCGCAGACAAGGUGAAGCGUGCUGAACUGGAGGAACUGCGGGCAGAGAAAGAAAAUCUUUACCGAACGGUGGAGGAUAUGAAGGCCGAGCGGUCAAGGCUCAACUCGACGAUCACUGAACUUCAGAACCAGAACGCACAGCUGAUUGAGGACCACACCCGCGAUGUCUUGAGCAUCAAGGCGAAAGAGACUCAACUUGUGCGAGCACGGAGUGACGCGGAAACUGCGGAGGGAAGUGUUCAAAAACAGCAGAGAGAGAUCGAAAGAUUGAAGCGUGAACUCGCACGGGCACUUCGCGCAUCUGCCAUCAGCCCACCCAACGCUACCUCCGACGCAGGCAGCAUGGGCAUGCCGGACACGGCCUCCAUGUAUCAAGACCACAUGAGCAACAGCAAUGCUGCUGCACGAGCUGGUCUUCACAUGGGAUCCCGCUUUGAAAGCGCGCGUCCUCGAAGCUAUGCCUCUGCCACUCCCAGUGAGGAGAAGGAGGCCAGCGGUAUGGAAUCACCAGGACUCAGCAGUCGCAAUGGCGGCCUUGGCCGACGCAACUUGAGCCCUACAUACGGUUACUCGGCCAUUGGUAGCCCCACACGCUCGACUCGAGACUCCAACGCACAGUUCACUGAAGACGACCAACAACCCAGAUCUUCCGAACCGGCAGAGAACUGGAAGCGAGCUGCGGAAGUCACUAGCCAACUGAAGGCGAGAAUUGAACAAAUGAAGGUAAGUGAUUGUGAUUUACUUGUGUCUGAACUCGCUAACAAGGAUCCACAGGCUCAGGCCUACAACACCUACAACAACCAGCCAGAACACGAUCCUUCUCUGAUCCACGAGCUGAUCGCCGGUGCCGCCAGCUACGAGGCAGCCCAGGCCUACGAGAACCACGUUGCUGAGAACGGCGAGCCCGACAGCCACGCAAAGGCCAAGGAGAUCCUCGCUGGAUUUGCUGGUGCCUUUGUCGACCGUGAGGUUGAGACUAGGGGAUUGGACUUCAUCGAUCGGGAGAAGGCCAAGUACGAUGCCAGACAGCAGGUUCAUGACGCGUAUGACUCCUAUGGAAAUCAGUUCUAG